GCCACACUGACUCACUCGGCCGCACAGAGGCUGACAGAGCUCCGCUGUGUCCGUGCCUAACAUACCGUUAGUAACCGUCUCUUUUGAAUGAAACAUCCAGAGGAAUAUCACCGGAAAUAAACCGCGUGUUUGUGACCUGAAACGACAUGGACUCCAAACGCCAAAGUGGUGAGUAAACGUCUCUUUUUGUAAUAUCGCUUUGUAUUAUCUAUUGGCGACAAAGAACAGUUCGGCAACUUGAUAGUAAAAACUUAGAGUCAAACAUGGGAAGGCGAAUUAGUCAUGUAAUGGCAGAAACGCGCUUUAACGGUGGGAAAACAGGGAAAAAUACACAAUACAGUGUCCUUGUCACUUAAAACUCGCUAUAAACUAGAGAAACGGUUUGAUAUUUAGCACAAAAACUAAAAUUUUCAUUUGAAAACAGAGGAAAGAAGAAACAUCAGUUUGUUGUAUGUGAGUGAAUUGAGCACGCCUCGCGCACUCGCUCCCGUUGACGGUUGGAGUAACGGUGGUAUGAUGUCAUACACCUUCACGCGGAGGAUAGAGGCGGGGGUCCUCGCGCAGGUAGAGUGAUGCAAUCUGACACCAACAGGGAAGUUCCUCCACGCUGGAAGUGAAGCUGCUGGAAGUGAAGCUGAGCGGCUCAAUGGCUGCUCUGUUCGAGGAGCCGCAGGGCUACAGAGCGGCAAACAGCCAGCUGUUAAUAUGUGACACACUAGAUGAUGAAGCGCUCAGAAAUCUGUCUGACGGGGAUAACUGUUAUUAAGGAAACUAUCAGUGAGAGGAGAAUCAUUCGUGAGUGCCUCUUAAAGCAGUGGUUCUCAACUGAUCUCACUCUGGGACCCAAGUUUAUUUCAGAGCACGUAAAUUGAGGAGGACAACUACUGAAGUUUCGUGUGCAGAAAAUAUUGAAUAUCAAAUUGCACAAAUGGAGACCAACAAAAUGAAACAUUUCACUUAUUUGUUUAUCUGCAUUCAGAGCAUAUUCAGAAGAACCUGGAAGGGACUGUGCAACAGCAGGGACCAAAGUGAAUAAAUAUCAAAUUGCACAAAAUAAAGACCCAAAAAGUAAUUUUACUACAUUCAGGCCACAUUAAUAAGAAACCGAGGAGGACAUAGCACAUGCCUUUCAAAACAAGCAAUAUUUCAAAAUAAAAGACAAAUCAACCAUCAGAAGUGCAUUAUAUUUUUACUUUUAGACCAGUCGUUCGCAACCCAUCCAGAACAUGUCCACGACCCACUCUUAGGUCAGGACCCACCAGUUGAGAACCACUGUCUUAAAGCACACCUCUAACUUAUAACAAUGCUAGUGAUAAGUGAUAAUGAGGAUAAUAUGAAUGAAAGUCAGCUUGGUUUUGACUCUUAAAGGGAUAUUCCAGCGUAAAAUUAAUUUAGGGUCAAACACACCGUAACACCAAGUUAGACACCCCCCUCGAGAGAUGAAUGUUGCCGACUACUUGCUUCUCUAGUUAUACCAACUUUAGUAACGACUGCAGGAUAGCAAUACACAGCGGUCUGAGGAACCAUAAACAAACCUCAACCAAAACGCCACAAAUAAUGCUCAGAACAGCACCUAACUUCAUCAACAGUACAUAAAGGGUCCCAGCCAUGGUACUAGCCACAAAACAUCUGUUUAACUUUGACUAAUUUCUUUAGCAAAGAGACUAAACACAACUCACCUACUCUCUUCCAGCAGCUUUUUGUUAGUAGCGAGACCUCAGGCCAGUCCAUUACUACGGCAGAGUUUCACAGCUCAAGGAAGAACAUUAAAUUCAUUUUACGCCGGAAUAUCUCUUUAAGUACAGGCUUUAAACUUCGCCUACUUUAGAGUAUUCUUGUCAAUUGUAGUCAUAACUAUCAUGUUUUGGUGAUAAUGAAGAUAAUAUUAAUGAAAUCUGCUUGGUUUUGAGUACUAAAUUGUCACAUUGCUCAGGACCAUCAUGACUGCAGCAAGAUUAGACCACACAGUUUCCAUGAACAAGCGUCUUUACAGCUGACAUUUACACACCUCAUAGCUAAAAAGCUGAUAACAAUAAUCUUUUUUUAUAUUUAAAUGUCCCACUAAGUCAUGAUAGUGUGAGUGAGUCACAAGGCGUCCUUAAAUUUAUUGUUUAUACAUGUUCUUUUUCUUCUGUGCUCUGAAAAGACUGAAAUAUGCAGUGUAACUAAAGUGUCAUGGUGCCAAAACCUUUAGAAGAAGAAAAUACCCUCAUUGUGGUAAAAACAGGAAUGUUUGAGAAAGACAUUGAAGCUAAAAUCUCACCUGCUGCUGUGAAAUGUAGGGUGAAUAUUCAUGUAAACUUUAGUGGAGUUUGUGCAUGCAUGCACAUAAGUUAUCUGUUUAACAAGCUGACACAAGCCUUGACCUCGACCGUGGUUCUCUUACGUUUCCUUUUCCUUUUUCCUUCUCCUCUUCACUCACUGAUCCUCCACCCUACCCCCUCUCUCCACCCUCUCCCUGACUCAGGAAAUUCAAAACUCCUCAUUUGUUUCUUUUUAAGAGAUAUCACGGACAUGUUUUUCUGCCUCUAAAAACCAAUUUUCACCGUUUCGGUUCCUGCUGAAGAGAGAGCGAGCUGAAAUGUAAGUUUACUGCUUUUAAACUUUCUGCUCUGAACAUCUGAUCGAAAAAGUAGGUCUGAGAGGUCCCAUUUGCUCUGCUGUCAAGAGAAACUGACCUAAUGCUUCUCUACCAAACAGAAGAGACACUGAACCAUAUUUAACUCAGCUGCUGGUCUUAUUAUGAUUUAUUUACUGGUCCAUUGUCUUGUCUUGUCCCCACCAUGUAAACAUCUUCAACAUUUCUCCUGUUUUUGCAUCCUGUGGGUUCGCUGCUCCUUGCUGUAUUUGUCAGCCACAAUUUCAUCUUGUAUUGGUGGUUGAACUUUGACCAUCCUCUCGUUAUCGCCUUUUUACAGACUGCAAACACUAUUUUUAACAAGUAUCUGCCCUCACUCCAUGCAGGAUCAGUUGCAAAACAACCAAAAUCUUGACAAUAGCUUCAUGAGUAUCUCACUAAAAUUGCAGAACAGAGUCAAAAUACAUGUGAAUGGUCCAGCAUUUGUGUAACAUAUCUAGUAAGAUGUUGUAGAUGGUUGUGUUUCCAGAUAUUCAUCCAACCAUCUUCUGAAAUAGUUAUAUCUAACUCUUUUUUCCCAGUCCUGCUUUACAUGAAUGCUGAUAUUAAAUCAAACUGACCCUUCGCCUCUCUAAUUAUUUUACACCAUGUAAAAUGACAGCUUGUCUCGCCCCUCGCAUACCUGUCUGCGUAUGUACUUGUGAGCCGCCUGCGUCUCUUUGCAUGACUGGGAUUUUUCAAAAGCUCGUAAGAAACAAUGAAAACAAUGUGAAACAUUUCUCCACACAUUACGUACGGACAUUUCUCAACCUGCAGUAAUGCAUUGUUUUGGCUAUUUUUAACAACAGAGACUUGAAUCUGACUUGUUGUUGCUGCCGUCCAAUAAUGUUAACUUUCACAAGCCUUAGUGCAGAUGGAAAGAGGAAUUUUGAGAGAACUUUGAUUUUAUUCUAAAGGACCUUACACACCGGGAACGUUUUUCUCGUGGAAAAAAAAAGAAUAAAAAUACAAUGCAAUAAGAUAAGUGUCACCACACUACUGGAUAUUAAAAUCCAGCAUAAGUAGUAUACAAGUUUUCGAUUUAUCCCCCAGCCCUAGAUGAAGCUCUGUGAGUAGAUUCCUGAAAAAAUAUUGUCAACUUUUGGAUGUUAGCCCAGCUAGAUUUUCCCCUUAGUUUCCAGUGUCAUUGCUAAGAGAGGAGUAAUGCAUAGUGAGCUGGUGGUUUAUGCAAAUUAGGAUCCUGACAUGGUGAGUAGGACCCUGACCAAAGUGUCAUGUUUUACCUGGGAGGAUUCGAACCAGCAUUUCCACCUGCUCACUGUCCAACGGUGAGUCAUAAAGAUGAUUUCAUCGAUUCAUUAAUGAUUCAUACAGCUUGAAAUACAUCAUCACAUCAGCCACUCUUAGGCAGAAAAUGGCACAAAAUGAGGUCUAUUCUUUGAUUUUCACUCUCCUCGUAUCAGAGUGCAUAUGAAAAAGUUCCUCCUCAGCCAUGUGAUGUUUUUUCUCACAGUGGUGGUGAGGGAACAGUUCUUUUACCUGGUAAAUCUUCAACACAACAGCCUGGUUGUUAGCUCGAACUCCUGCUGUGCCUCAGUGUCUGCCCCGCUGUUCCCCACGUCUCCACGCUAUUUACUAUCUGAGGAAAGUGAUAAGAUACUGAAAGAAUGUGAAAAAGAGCGAAUUCAUGGCUCUUCUCCACCAGCUGUUUCUUUUUAAAGAUCUCCACUUGGGCUCUGGAGGGGACUUUUGAAAGUGUCUGACUGAAUACUAACCCCGGGGGCGAGCAGUGACACCAACCCACUGUUGUCACCAAAAUAUGAAUUACAGGAUGCUGGAUCUCUGAAGUAGACUUUUGUUUUGGAGGGAGCUGCCGCGGGGCCGCCAAGACUCGACCUCUGACCCUAAUCUGAAGAGGAUGGGUGUCUGGAGAAGGGACAGAGGGAGGAGGAAGAGGAGAAAAGAAAGGAGUGGAAGGGAGAGUGUGGGAUCUGUGGGGAUCUGAACAUCGGGGAUAUGGGGGAGGCAGAAACAUGAGGAUGCAAAACAGCAGCUUCAGACACUUUUCAAGCUUUUCUUGAGUUUGUGUCACUUUUUCAGUCAAUGUGUCUCAGGAAAACUAGUCAGUAACAUAUUUGUGGACUGUUGCAAAGAGAAAGAGUCUAUAUUUCAGAGGUGUAUCAGGGAGGAGGUCACCCUCGGUUUGGUGUGAUUGAUGGGUUAGAUGUGUAAUGGAUGGGAAUGAAAGCAUCAGGUUAGGAGGGGAAGAGUAUGAUUUCUCUGUCACCCUGCCGCCCAUAAACAACGUGGUGAGAUAAACAGCAGCAGCAGCAGCGAGCGGUUUUUGUUCCGAGUCGGUUUAAAUGAGAGUCGCAUGCCUCAAGGUCCCAUGACUGACCUUCUCUGAGCAGGAAGCCUGUUUGAGAGGCACAAACAUGUAUGUAAAAGCAGAUAUACACACUUUCCAGAACACAAGUAUGAAGUUACAGGUUAACGCUUAGAACUCACAGCUGUAUUUUGCUAUUUUUGGUCUGCCUGUUUUUUUGUUUGUUUUUUUGUAAAAAUCUAUGUAGCAACUCUUAUCUUUUUCUUUUCAGGACAAACUCAGCUGUCAGUUUAUGGUCAAAUGAAUGUGACUGUAGAUUCAGGACCAUCAAAGUCAACCAGAAAACAAAAACGGAAAUUGAUACCAACAGUACUUUGCCCAAAAAACACAUAAAUCGACAGUGACCAAGCCUUUUCUCACCUGCACAUCAUUCUGUUAAAGGUGGGGUAGGCAGGAAUCCAUUCAUCAAGCAUCUUUUUGUGGUGUAUAAACAAAAAGCUUUUAAUAUCAGUCAAUAGCCAUUAGUCAUUGAUGACAUUUGGGAAUAUCACGAUAUCGCUGUGUUUUGUUAUGUCUGUGUAGUCAACAUUUUAAAAUUUCAGAGUGCUCUGCUCUUUCUGACUGUAAACAAAGUCGUUCCCCACCUCCCCCAUCCUGAUUGGUUGUGAGGCAGACGCUGCUCCCCCGUGUUGUUCACGAGCCAAAACAAAGUUAGCGUGCUACAAUAUCAGACUGUAGAAACCAACCAGAAAGCUCGGAAAAUUGUCUGAAUCCUCCUUUGUUUUAUGCCACUCCUUGAAGCAGUUCCUGUCUGGGAUGAGACAGAGGACCACAUCAUACUGCUCAUAAUCUCUUCUUUACUUGUUUCCAAACAUUGAGGACCAUUAUUUCCUAUUUUGCAGACAAGCAAGGAACUUUCUUGUUUCUUGUUAAUCUUUGGUUGCCUCUUAUUAGACACUAUCUUUAAGUGAACAGUAGAAGAAGAAUAUGAGACCAUGUAAUUGAUCGAAAGUUUGACAGAGAAAGACGUCAUCAAAACAGCUUGUCAAACCCGGAAGACAUUAGCAGUAUUAAGCAAUAGCAAUAUGAUAAAUAAUUGUGUUUUCACCGAUAUAUCACUGCAGAUUUACCAUCAAACGUCUCUGAUCAAACACCUAUUUUUGUGGCUGGAUUGUAAACCUUGUGGCAGGUGUAGAAAUGUCUGGAAACUCUCGAUAGAUCGCCAAAAGGGUAAGCUUUUGAACACUUGUCAUCCCAUAGAGAUACGCGGUAUAGUUCCCAAGAAACUGUAAACAAUAUUAAUGGUGUCAAGUGGAAUCGCCGGCGAUCUAGCGGAGUUCUAAGGAAGAAAUCUGUACUGUGUGAGUGUGUGUGUGUGAGUGUGGAGGGGGGGGUUACAAAGAUCCUUCUGUGGUGAGACAGACCACAAGCCUUCAGAACAGCUGAUUCUCAGCCCCUGAACCCUGGAGUGCCCCCUGAGAGCUGCAGAGACACACACACACACACACACACAGAGAGACAGUUAAUUAAUGGAUGGCCUUGACUGUGUCAGUGGAGUUAAAUUUACAGAAACUGAAAAUAGACCAAAAGCUUCAUCUAAAACUUCAUUCGUGUUGUAUUUUUGAACGUGUGUUACAACAUUUUCAGGAAAGAUCUUCUGUCCAAGUUACGAUCCGUUGAGAAACUUCAUAAUCUGAAGUCUGGGAGGUUGUGAAAAGGAGAGAGAAGGAUGUAAAAACGUGAUAAUGGGACAGAAAGAGAAACAGAAGGAUGGAGAGAGAAAGAGGUAAGAGAGCGAGAGGAAGAGCGGGGGUGAAGCUCGCAGAACGAUGGAGGAGAGAGUCGAGAUCAAGAAGGAGUGGAGAAAGGCCUCUGUCAACAGCUCAGACAGGAAAUCACAGCUGCUGGGCUGAGAAAUCCUACACACACACACUCACACAGCUGCUGGAGAAAUAUCCUUUAACCCAGAAUGCCCACAGAUCGAGACGAUGCAGCUGUGAUGCACUACGCCCCUCUUCCACUGUGUAAGUGUGAGUGUGUUUCAGUGUGUGUUAGUUCCUGUUUUGUUUGUGUUGGACUUUCUGACAUUGUAUUGUUUGCUCUGGUCUUGCGGAGCAUUGUGAUCGUCUAAUUUUGGCCCUCGUAGAGACAAUGGAGUAUUGUCAGACUGAGGGGGGAAAAGGUGGGAGGGCAGUGGGAGACUGAGGGCUUUUUCUCCCCCUCAGUCAUCUCUUAUUCGUGAGAGAAACAGAGGCGGGUUUGAUCUUUUUUAAACCUCACUCUUUUACCGUAAAAACAAAAAUAUUUCACCAACUUCACCAGAAACUUGAUGUUUUGUUUGAUCAUUUUCAAAGCUUCCAUGAGGAACUUUUGGUUGUGUCAAUUUUGGCGCCCCCUGUGGCUGAUGAUCUUGCUUACCUUGAACUUUUUCUCUCUAGCAAAAAAAUGUUUUAAAAAUUGUCAUAUUUAAGAUAAAUAAAAAGUUACGGGUUCAAGCAUCCUUGAACUUCCUGUCAACUUUUUCUUUUUUACUCGGGGUAAAACCACAGUAAGAAUUUAAUGAUUUUAUUUCCAAGAACGACAAAGGUUAGAUGUUUCUCAAAAUCACUUUUUUUUUCUCUCAGAAUGGAACAAAAAAUACGGGCCAAAGUUGGAUUGUAAAACUUUCCAGUGAUAGCCAAGACAGUCUGGCUGCAGACCUCCACUGUGAGGACCAGAAGUUGAUUUAAAGCCUUUCAAAAUAAAAGCAAAUAUACCAGGAGUAUAUAUGGCGAAACGCCAUUAAACCAUAAGUUAUCAUUCUGACCACGUUGUGUGCGGUGGAACUCUCUUUUUUUUUAUGAUUUUUGAUGUGUUAAAUUAAGACAAAAUACAAAAUGGGACGACCACUUCAAACAAAGUGGAGCAUGUGAGAAAAACCAUCAGCUGGGGUCCUUUCAGUGGAGGUGGGUCCUGGCAGCGGACCCUUGCAGCUCUGACUCUGAUUGAAGAUCAGUCCUCUGAGCUGAAGACACAAAAUCAUGUCCCUCUUUUAAGACAUCCAACAUCUGUCAGGGAGAUGUUUCAGAUGAAUGAGUGAUCAGCUGAAUGAGUGGUGUAGUAGUCACAUCCUCUCUAUCUCUAGUGGAAAUGCAGAUUUUCCUUUUACUUUGGCUCCGUUUCCUUCAGGAUAGGAAACUUCCUGCCCCCUCCUCCUCCUCCUCCUCUUCACCUCCUUUUCUCUCUGACUCUCUGUCCCUCCUUUCCUCCCCUCUUUGUCAGCUCUAAGCAGGCAGGAUGUGUGAGAGUGUGGCAGGGCUUUUUGGAACGAUGUCAAGGUCAACAGAAACCACAGACACACUCGGAGACGCACAGGAUGUCAGCAUCGAACAUGAAAGCAAUUAUUUUUUCGAAGAAAGACGAAAAAGUUCAAACUCAAAGUGGGAUCUGUGCGGGACGGGAGGACACACAGAAACUCGGGUCCCACUAAACAGCCAACUCUGAGGUGAAUGUUAUGAAUGGGCGAUAUGUUAGGCUCCCCGUCAGCUGUUGUAACAGGCGGUAAGCUGCGUUCCAAACUGACUGCAUGCCUGUGUGUCUAUGCAUGUGAGUCAAAUUGAUAUCUGAUGCACUUGGUGUAAUAGCUUAAGCAUUUUAGCCACGUUAAGACCCCGCAGGACGGGCGGACAAGACGCUACUUGUCCAAAGAUUAAGUUAAAUUCAGGAAAUGAGUCCUCUUGUGUUUCCUGUGUUUUUUCAGUGGUGAUGGAACGACUGGUCAACGAGCUGAACUCUCUGCUGAAGAUGCUGGACCACGAAACAGUCAGUCCUGCCACCUCUGAAAAGAUGGCCUCCGUACGGAACAUCAUGGACUCACUGCAGCUGUCAGGUAAAGAACCAGGUCUCAAAAGAAAACACAGAUCCACCCGGGACAACACUGAGUGCAGUACUGUGCUGACCCUUCCCCCCUCACCUAAAAACAGAACAACGCCAAUUCUCUUUUUUUUCAAUUAAUUUCACUGAUCAAUAUUCCAUCAAGAUAGUCUUCAACAUCGUGUGUCUCGAGAUUUCUGUUGUUUUGGUGUAAUAAAGUAUCUUCCAACCAUAUUCUCUCAAUAAGAGGGAGCAUGUUGUUUUCCACUGUCUUUCAUUUACAUUCUCCCAUUCCUCCUCUGAUAAUUCCCUCCCAGCCUUUUUUUCCCAUUUUUCUUUUAUAUCUAUUGUAUUGUCGCCCUUUAAUCUUCUUUAUAUAGUUCAACAUCGAUGCUCUUAUACUCAAAUUUAGUUUCUUCGACAGCAAAAACAGAGGCUGUUUUUUAAGAUGCCUGCUGCAUUCAGCCCAAACCUCAAAUACGUGUUAUUAGAGAUGUUCCAAACUCUCACGGGUAUGUGGAGAAACAAAAUAACGUCUUUAUUUGUUUGUUUCCAGAAGUUUUAGUGCUCAGAGAGGGAAGCCCACACUCACACUGAGCUCCACUGUUCUGCUGUAAUGGAUUUUUUACAGCUGCCACUGGCUAAGACUGUUCAGAACAGCUAAGAUGAUAUGAGUCCAAGUUAUCACAUGAUGGAAAACAACAUCAAGUAGGAUGACAGGCUACUUUAUGUUAACCUAAGCUAGUAAAAUGCAGACAAACUUAUGAUAUUUGAUGCUUGAAAAUCCCACCAAAAAAACAAAAAAACACGAAGGGCACAAACAGCCACCAAACAUCUUUUAACUUUGCCUGAUUUCUUUAACAAAGAGACCAAACACAACUCACCUACUCUCUUCCAGCAGCCACUUGUUUGUACAGAGACCUCAGGCGAGUCCAUUACCGCAGCGGAGUUUCGCAGCUCAAGGAAGAACAUUUAUGAUCAUUUCUUCAUGAAAAUACAAUCAGACCGAGACGCUAAGGCAGAGGAACUACCGCGUCUGCAGUGCAAAAUGAUCAAUAUGGUGAUUAUUACUUUAUGGAAAUGAUACAGAAAUGAUCAUAAAUGUUCUUCCUUGAGCUGCGUCACCCUGCUGUGGUAAUGGACUCGCCUGAGGUCUCCGUACAAACAAGCAGCUGCUGGUAGAGAGUAGGUGAGUUGAAUUUAAAUAUCCCUUUAAGUUCUUGACUGGAGCUCAAUAAUGACAAAGCGCAUAAAAAUGUAAAAAGUCCAAACAGCUGAUAAUGAAUAUGAUUUUAAAACAUGAAUCUGACUGAUGACAGAAGUGUUUUUUCAACUCUUGUAUAAUGUGUACAAUAUGAUUUAAGCAGAGCGAAUUCCAGAGCGAUUCAGAUUUCAGCAAUUUGUCCAAGGUUACGUGUAUAACAGCGUUUAUUUCGACAAGGACAAAGCAUCUCUUUGUUGUACACAGGCUAACGUUCCUGUACAGAAACUGCUCUACACGGCCUGAAUACUUUAUAGUGGUUGCUUGUUUACUCAGGAGAACACAGGAUGUGGGAGAAGUUAAAGGGAUUGAGGUAAGAGGAUAAUCAAAUGUAAAGUAUAAAGAAGGCAAUGAGAGGAGGUCAAAGACAGGAGAAAGUAAACAUGUAAACAUGUCCUCACAGUUGUUUGAACAGACCCAUGCAGCCCUUCCCAAAGUCACUCCUCAGGGUUUUUACACAGCUCGUAAUUAUAUUCCACAUCAGUUCAGCUUUUUGCAGCCAAAGACUUCAGUCACUUUUUCCCCGCACUCAAUCUCAGACACUUUCAGAAAUCUUUAUGGGCUUGGAAAACUUUCACACGCACUUCUGUGACUUUGGGUUAUCUUUGUUCUGCUGGUACAGUGAUUUAAAGGCUCCAGUCUGGACUCCUUCUCUGUCUGAUUUAUUUGUCUAAAAAUUCAGUUUGUUGUGUCCUGAUACUCUCUGACUUCAGAUGUUUUUUGUGCCGCUUCUCUUCACUCUGGUAAUCUUUUUUUUCUCCUGAUCUUAUAGUGUAGACCACAAUCCUAACCCCUACUUUGAUCCUAUUUCUAACCCUUAAUUUAUCCUUUCCACAGUCAAUGGAUCAGACGUUUACAUGAACAGCUGUCUCUACGGCAACGGCACCAGUUUUGUCGAGUCUCUGUUUGAGGAUUUUGGUUAGUAGUACAUUCAAUUAUCUAUAUGAUGACAAAACCCUUACAGACAUUAUUUUACAUUCUUAAUAGAAGUGUGUAUAAUAGAUCUAAAUUGGAUGUAUCAUGUAUCUCCUCCAGACUGUGAUCUGCACAUGCUCAGUGUGUCUCCAGUGGAGCAGAAAGAGCACAAAGAGGAAGAGGAGAAGAAUCAUCUGAAUAAAUCUGUAAGUCCUUCACUUCUUCUUCUUCUCCUUGUUGGUCUUUUAUUUUUUAGCCUUGUAACUACAGAUUCGAUUUUUUUCACCUCAGACACCGACUGACACGCCGCCUCCUCUGCCAACCACACCCCUCCCUGACGACUACUAUGAAGAAGCUGUUCCCCUCGACCCGGGAUCCACGCCUCAGUAUUUUACCACCAACAUGAACAGUUCUGUACACACGCUCAAAUCCCCAAAAAAAGCACACGAUUUUAUGGAAGUAAAUCUGUGCCAUCUGGUUUUGAAUUCUGAUUUCUAAAGCUGAAAUUUUUUUGCAUUAAAUCAGACUUUGAAUUUCAAAGCUAUCGAAUUUCAAGCGCGCAUUUUAAUUUUUUGACAUUAAUUUUUUUUCACAAUGAUGGAAUAAAUUUGGUGUAAAAAAAAAUAGGUCCCUCAAAAUAAUCGGUUAGUGAAAAUUAGACUAAAUAAACAGUGUAAGAAAUUUUUUAAGUGGAAUUUGUACUAUACGGAUAUUUAUGAGGAACCUUUUUUUUACACUAAUUAUUUGACACUGAAUUUUUUUAUGUUGAAUUUUUUUACACUGUUUUUUUUAAGUCUAAUUUUUACUAAACAAAUAUUUAUGAGACCUUUUUUUUACACUGAAUUAUUUGACACUACAUUUUUAUUUUAUUUUAGUUUUUUUUGUACACAAUUUAUUUGAGUCGAAUUUUCACUGAACAAAUAUUUAUCAGAGACCUUUUUUUACACUGAAUUAUUUAACACCGUACUUUUUUAUGUUGAAUUUUUUUACAGUUUAUUUAAGUCAAAUUUUUACUAAACGAAUAUUUAUGAGGAACUUUUUUUUGUUUACACUAAAUUAUUUGACACUGAAUUUUUGUUAUUUUAUUUUUACACAGUUUUUUAAGUUGAAUUUGUCUAUGCGAAUAUUUGAGACUUUUUUUUUUUCACUGAAUUUUCUUCAUUGUGAAAAAAAAAUUAGUGUCAGAUAUAAAAAUACGUGCUUGAAAUUCGAUGGCUUUGAGAUUCAAAGUCUGAUUUUGAUGCAAAAAAAAUCAACUUUAGAAAUUCAAAUUCAAAAUCAGAUGACACAUAUUUACUUCCAUACGAUUGCGCCUCAUAAUAGCUGUAAGCAGAGUUCCCGUUUGUCGUUUUCUCAUCUGGAUUUUUCUGCUCUCCUUCAGCAGCGUCCAGAAACUCCGUGGAGGACGCCUACUACGAGGAUGCAGACAAUAACUACCCCGUCACCAGGAUUAAUGGACCACAAAAAAACUCAUGUGAGUCUUUUCCCCUUCUUGAAAAUGUUUUAUCUAUAAACAAAAGUUUCUAUACAUGAACACGCAGAAACAGGAAUGGUUUGUUCAUCAUUUGUGUUGUUUCUGCUGCGCAGACAAUGACUCUGACGCUCUGAGCAGCUCGUAUGAGUCGUAUGAAGAAGAGGACGAAGAGGCCAAAGCACGGGACCACAGGGAGGAGAGCUCGGAUGUACCCUUGAGGGACUGUCGCAUCUGUGCCUUCCUGCUACGGAAAAAACGCUUCGGCCAGUGGGCUAAACAGCUCGUUGUUGUACGAGACAAUAAACUGCAGGUAAAUAUAUAUAUAUAUAUAUAUGGUGGAUUUUAACUGGUUGAGCCACAACUCAGAAUCAGCUCAAACUCAAUCCGUAGACGAUAACCAGUCAGCUUAAUUAAUCAAUUAAGGGGCUUUGAGUGGUGGAGGGAGACAAAGAGAGAGCUGAUUAAGUGCUAAUUGAUAAGUUUAAGUCCAUUUGCCAUCUGGACAAAACAGCAGAUCAGCACUGACGAUCAUUAUAGAUGAAUACGGAGGACCACAUGACCAUCAGGAUGAGAAAUAUGUGAUUUAAUUUUACAGUAAGUUUAUGAAGAGCAGUAACUUCCAUGUUUAUCAGUCACAAUAACAUCAAAAUAAAAAAAUGAGAAAAGUAUAAACCUGAAAAUUUUAUUUCAUUUCAUUUUUAAAACUCGUUUUAAAAUUGUUUUUUGAUUGUUUUUUAUGUCUGCGUUGUUUUGCCUAUUUAUGUACGGCACUUUUUUCAGCUGUGGUUGUUUUAAAGUGCUUUAAAUAAAGUCGAGUUGAGUUGAAAAUGAAAAAUUAAUAAUUGGGGAAAAAAAGGUUUUUACUUGUCUUUAAAAAGAAUCAUUUUUCCAUCAUUUUAUCCAUAUGGAGGGCGAAAGAGACAGAAUGAAAUAUAUAAAUACAUCUUUAAAUAAAUAUUUAAGUAUAUCAUUAAUGAAUUAAAGUGGGAAUUAAUUAAAUAAACAUGUCAUUAAAAAAUUAAAAUUACACCUACUGACUUUGAUGGGUGAGUUUGACGGAUAAAAUAAAUUCACGAAGCACUGCGACACAGGUCCAUGAAAUAUUUAAUUAAAUAGUGAAAUAAUUCUUUAUGUUUUUUCAUUGAAUGAACUGGUAAUUUAAUACAUUAAUGACACAUUUAUUUAUUUAAUUGCUAUUUUAAUUAAUGAAUAUGUUUAAUUGUUCAUUUAAAGAUGUAUUUAUUUAUUUUCAUUCUGUCUCUCUUGGUCUUCCAUAGAAUGACCUAAUGUUUGAGUCUUUUAUUGGAAAUGACCUCAUCUGAAUGAAUCUGAUAAAGCUGUCAAAUGAAAACGCUCGAAUCGUUGAUCAAAUUUCACUCUUAUUUUUCAUCAAAGUCAAGAAGCAGCACAGCCAAAUUUCUGUCUGAACAUUAAAGCUACAAGUGUUGUGAAAUGAUCCACAUAAAUGGUUCUGCUUAUAAAACAUCACCAAGUGGUACAUCGACGUCUGACCGUCUGUGUCUGUUUUUUUUCAGUGCUACAAGAGCAUCAAAGAGACCACCCCUCAAACAGAGCUCUCGCUGAGUCUGUGCAACGUCAUCUACGUCCCGAAGGAAGGCCGGAAAAAACGACAUGAGCUUCGCUUCUCGCUGCCUGGAGGUGAAGCUCUGGUCCUGGCGGUUCAGAGUAAAGAGCAAGCCCAGCGAUGGCUCAAGGUAGCUCUCCUUAGAAAAUCAGAGAAAGGGGAGGGGAUGACUUGGGGAAAUGUAUCAACACAAGAUUUUCUUUCUUUGAAACCAGGUGGUGCAAGAUGUUGGCAGCCAGAGUAGCAACACUGAAGGACUAGAAGGGUCCACCUCUCCGAUUAUACAGAGGAAACUGGAGCUUGACAAGGUGUGUGUGUUCGUGUGUGUUGGUAUUUCUGUCUUUUUGGACUCUUGCUUGUAUUUGUCAAAAGAUUAACCCUUCAAUUUGUCACAAAUGUCCUUUUAUAACCCAGUACUGCUGUUUUAGUUUUACAUCACUGCUGUAUUUCUGUCUGAAUCCAUACUAUAGUUAGUAUAUUGCAGUGUCAGUCUCUGACAUCACCUCUCUCAGCCCACGCAUGACACAACUGUUCCCUUGGCUUUGAGUUAUAGGCAGCAAAUGUGGGGACAUUACUGCAGUUGCAGAGCUGGAAGGUUUUCAAAGAGCUUCAAACCCUCAAACAAACUUUUGGGAAACGACUGCAGUGAGCCAACGAGCAGCAGGGCAGUUACAACCCAGGACGGAAAACUGGGUUUAAAAAUACAAAGCGCCUGUGUCAUUUUAGGUGACAUGGUUCUGCUCGCUACAGACAAACUUUGACAAAGUGCACGUGGUCUUUUAUCACCGUCAUUGUAGGGCUGUGCGAUUAAUCGAUAUUAAAUCAUAAUCGGAUUAUUGUAAAAAGAAAUUGAAAUCCUCAAAUCAAUUUUCCUCUCAUAUCUGGCGCUUCUGCACAACACUGCAAAAUAUAUGUUUUGCGUUCCACUGACGAAAUGCUCAUGAAUUUUUCAACUCUGUCGUCGUCCACCACUAACGUUUUCGUCUAGUCUCGUCAACGUAAACGCACAUUCGUCUCGUCACAUUUUAGUCAUCUCAGACUUAAGUUUAGCUCGUCAACGUCAGGUCUCCAUCGUGGAAAAAAAGGGGCGUUGAUGAAACAUUUCGGCAUUGUCAAUGAAAACGACACUGGAUUCCAGGCCACCGUAGACUCCGUCUUCCUUCGGGAGACGAUUUCUUUUUUGUAGGAUGGUAGGUCCCGCCCUUCUUCGCUUCUGAUUGGUGAGAAGUGCUGGGCUACCAUUUCAUGUCCAUGUCGAUGUCUAUCUGCAUCUCUGGAAACGAUCAUGUGACACACAGCGUAACUCUUUAAUGGCACCUGCACGUGUCCGGCCAAAACAACCUUUAUACACAUGCUCUGUACUCUUCUUCUGUCUCUUGUUCAUUUCCUCUGAAGCGUUACAGCGCCACUUACUGGCUUGGCAUAUACACUACAUCGUUUUCAGUGGUUUACUUCAUUGUAUUAAGAGGAGUUGUGAAGGUUUCUUCUCUUUCUUUGUCAGAUUCUGCAGAGCGACCGUCCAGCGUCAGACUCAGACAGCGGACCAACAGCAGAGAGCCAGUCCACUUCACAGGGACCAGGACGAGACUCAACGGACUCACUGAGUAGGUUACUUUGGUUAAAACCUCAUGAGGAAUUAUCAUAAAAUGUCCAUUAAACAGGAGAAAAUGUGAAAAAGACGUUUUUUUUUUAAACCACAAAGUGAAAGUUUUUCUCUCAAACUAAAGAGUCCUCAUUUUCAAAAAGUAACAAUAACACCCCACUAGGAUACAUAAACAAGCACACACCCACACUCAAACACACACACACACACACACACUCUUGGUUUUUGUAAGCAGGGAUCUGUGAUGUUUCUGUCGCAAUGUGGGUCAAACAUAGUCAUGUUGUUACAGCCUGUUUACUGACUGAGCGACUCUGAAGCUAAAGACACAUGAGAGAGAGGGAGAGACAGGAAGUGAGGCCCAAACAGAUAUGACAUCCUUCCUGUCCUUUUCCUGCGAUUGUGCCCCUCUGACAUCACAGGAAGUGGGCCGGACUGAUCGCCACAGCAUCUGGUACAUGCAGGAGGAACUGUUCAGGGAUGUGCACAAAACAUCAAAAUCUCACCCUUAACUCAUUCAGUGCCAGUGACGGCUUUUGACAGAUUUUUCUUUUUUUUUUUGUUUUUCCACCAGAGGGCGCUUCUCCCAAACAUGCGACUAAGUUUGGGGUCGUUCUGAAUGCAGAAAAACCAACAAAUACGUCAUAACCAUGUUACAAUAACAAAAACAAGUACUCGCCAAUGAGAAGUGUACCCAUUAGCCUAGUUGUGGAGUGUUUUUUUCUCUAUAGGAAAAUGCCGAAGUCAUUAGCUAAGAGCUAACGGUCUCGGCGCACCGGCUCCCGUGGGCACGGUGCUACCGUCUCUGGAUCCAGUGGAGAUUCCGGUACUCGACCCUCACAUCGUCAGCAGAUAAUCAAAGAAACAAUUUUUAUGGCGUGUCAUUGUCCACUAGUGCCGGUACUGGUGAGCGAGACUGAGCUGGAAUUCAGCGACAGUCCCGGCGAGGAGGACGUGAGCAGCGGUGGUGUGUGUGUUACCCUCCUCUCUUGCCACUUCAGGAGCUACGCUGUUACAUUCACGUUAUGUUACCCGUGAUACUCGCUAUACAGACCGUGUAUAAGCUUGAACAUUACCCUUCUCAUUAGUGGAAGGGGGUCCGUUGUGCUCACACAGUGCGAGUAGAAAUCAUCAGUGUGGCGCAUUGAUAUUAAUGAUCAUGUGAAAUUUCAGAAGCGGCACACGUAAUUAGGGGAAAGACUGCUGGUACAUAUGAGUCCGAGGUAGAACUGUGUGAGAUAAAAACAAUUUUUUUUAGGUGUGGCGGCUUCUAUUUAGCCGUGGCGGUGCACCACGAUCGGUUGCAUGUAGGGGAAACACUGCAGUCGCAGCGUCAGGUUCUCAAGAGCCAAUACGACUCCCAGCUGUCAUAAAGUGACCUAUCACAAUCAGAUCUGAGUGGUGUCCGAGGAGGUAGGACCUCAAUGCCACCAGUAAAGUAGUUUGAAGUGAAAUGAAACAGACGAUCAGAGUUCUGCUCGAAAGUCUCUCCUUUGUAAAAAUGUGUUUUUCCAGAUCGACAAAGAUGAUAUGACCACACUGCAUUGAGCAGGCAAUAACUAAAAAAAGGAGUGGGUUAGAGACUAACUUUUUUUUCUGGUGAAAUAAGAGAAUCACCCCUUUCUUUUGAAAUAUUGCACUUAAUUCUAGUCCAAGCACAAGAUAUUCUGUGGAUCCUGAAAGAUCCAGAAAUUUCUAUUGUGGUCAAUGUUGGCACUGGGUGAAAAUUGCAUAAAUCAACUUGGCACUGAAUGAUUUAAGUGUUUGUUUAGUUUUUGGUGGGUAGGGGGGCCUUUUGCUGCCACAACGACUGUAGCCUCUCUACAUGAAGUGUAGACGACCUGAACCUCCUCAUAUCCAUCAGUGAAAGAGUCCUCACAUGGUGGAGGCUGUGUUUUAAAGACAGUGUUCCUCAUUUGAAAUGUCGGGUUGGUGUUUUGUAUUCCUAAAAUGUUUUCUUAAUGAUUUUGAAAUCUACGCUGUCACUGCUAAUGAAACAAAAGAAAAACAACACGACUCUGGUGCGCCACUCAGUAUGGGGAAUAGAUUACAAAGCUCCCUGAUUCUUUGACCCCGGCGUGAACUUUUAAAUCUGUCUGUGUUUGAUUUCAGACAGGGGCAAACGAGGAGCGUUCUCAGAGCUGACGGGGUCGAUGAGCAGAGCAGCGGGGAAGAAAAUCAAUCGGAUCAUCACGUUCUCCAAAAAGAAACCUCCUCUACCUGGAGAGCCUCCAUCUUCUUCCUCUAAUCAUCAUGACAACCCGCGCUGUGGUGAGGAUCAAUUUCAACGACUCCGCUGGUCUUUUUUCCACAGUGUUCGAAUGACUUCUGUACUCUAAGUGGCUAAUGGCUGUUAAAUUGUGUGCACACAUACAUUCACGAAAGAAGAAGUUUGAUUUGAAACAUACGCAAAUUUAUACAUCUUGAAUCAGUGCAAAGUUAUUAUACAUGCUUCAUUAUUCAGACCUGGGACAAGGAUUCUCUUGACAAGGAGUUUACAUCAUUAAAGUCCCACUCCGAUUGCUUUUGUUUUACUACUUAAAGUGUUCUCAGUUGUCUUUAAACAGUGAUUAUGAAGUUUUUAGCCAAAAUCACAUCACCUGUGUCAUUUUUAAGGUCUUUCCUUCUGCAGAGCUCCAGUAGCUCAUUAGCAGUUCACCUCUGAGUCGUGGGCGGAGACAGCGCUGCUCUGCACACUCCUCUUCAUGCUAGCUUGUAGCCAAACAUUGCUGGUGUAGUAGAAGUGGCAGGCAACAUAGGAGCUCUUCAGCUCUCAAACAUGAUAAAAGUUUAUAUCAUAAUUAGCUUUCUUACGAGCAUUGCAGUCCCCUAAGACACACGCUUGUUCCGUGAUCGUCCUCACUAUUUCUCCAAGUCUGGCUUGUAUAGCGGGGCUCUGGGGGCGGAGCUUGCAGUUGUGACAUAGGAAAUCUCACUGUAUCUGAACCUGCCGUUUAGGUCUGCCAGAGAUUUGAGUGCAGAAAUACUCAAAAAUGCAAUUUCACACUCUUCUUUUUCUCACGAUAUGUACUGUGGCAUCAGAAAAAUGUAGACAACAAGAAAAACAUGAUUUUCAUCAGACUGGGUCUUUAAAGCAGCUAGAGGGAGUUUUCUAUUUCUGUUGAUUUUGGCGGCCACUGUGGACAAAAGCAGUAGUGUUUUAGCACUUAUCUGGCUCCAGAAACUACCUCUUUUGUGAGCAGUUUAAGGGAACUUAACUUUGUAAAUGGAUCUAAAAUGGGAAGCGAGUCUGUCAGUCAAAAAGGAUUUAUUGCUAAUUUUUGAACAAAUGAAGAAAGGCUGAGGGCUUAGUAUUGAUGUUUGACGUACUUUAGCGAAAUGGUUUUCUUUGUUUGAAUACUUGAGCAGAUUCUCAGCCGUGCAGAAAACAUCUUCUUCAACUUUCACAUGAUUCAAAGUGUAUAAAUAAUUUAGAGGAGGCUAACGCAGCGGACAUGUUUUGAACAGAGCGUCUGGAUUUGCCCUUAAAUUUCAUCCAGCUGUGAUAAUAACACACUCAACGUUUAACCUCCUCUCCUUCCUGUCUUCAGGCUACCUCAGUGUGUGUCAGAGUGGCUCCUGGAAGGAGCGCUGGUGUGUGGUGCGAGGUGGGAGCCUGUACCUGCAGAAGGAACCCGGGGACCAGAAGCCGCCGCUCAUUGUGGUGCCACUGAAGGGAGCAGAGGUGGUCACAGGCGGACUCGGCCCCAAACAUUCUUUCUCCUUUUACAUCCUGCAGGGGGGCAACGAGCUCGCAUGUUUGGAGGUAUUUGGUCUGAUUCUCAAAGAUCGUCUCGUUGAGUAGAUCUAACUCAGUCCAGCUGCUGAAGGAGAUUCUACUGACCACAGGGAUGACACACCCACAUUUUUCCUCUAACAAAGUAACUUUUGUUUGUUUGUGUCCGACAGGCCAGCUGCUCGGAGGAUCUGGGCCGCUGGCUGGGUGUUUUGUUUGCAGAGACCGGCAGCACCGCUCUCCCUGAAGAGCUGCACUACGACUACAUCGACGUGGACACGCUCACUGACAUCCGGCACGCUGCCAGACACUCCUUCCUGUGAGUCACUUCCCGCAGCACGUGUUUGUGUUUUUCUGUCUCUGUCUCUUAUCGUGACCCUCGUCCUUAAAUGAAUCUGUUUUUUUGCCUCUGUGUUUUUUCCUCCUAGAUGGGCCACGACCACUGCGACAUCCUCCAGCAGCGCUUCCACAGACUCGAGGAUGUACGAUGAUGUCUAUGAAAGUGUCGCGGUGAGGAAACAUGGAAACAUUCAACCUCGAUAAACAGGAAGCUGUCUAUUGUUUUUGUUUGUUGAUAUAUUGAAAUAAUUUUGUUGCUUCUGAACAGUGGCCCAAAAAUAUAAACAAAAACAAGAACAUUUAAUAGAAAUCAACAUUGAACAAAACUUGAUUUGAACCCACCUCUUAUAAAUCAUCAUAAGCACAUUUAAAGCUAGGUGAGCUAAGUAAUGAAAUCACAUGUUUAUUUAUUUAUUACCUCCGCCAAGGAGGUUAUGUUUUCGGUAGCGUUGGUUUGUUUGUUAGUUAGUUUGUCUGUUAGCAACUUUGCGGAGAAAGUUACAGACAGAUUGACCUGAAAUUUUCACCAGAGGUGCGUCUCAGCCCCAGGAAGAUCCCGUUUGGUGGUGAUCCAGACAAAUUCUGGAUACUGUGAUCCAGAACACACAAAAAUAAGGGUGUCGUUGGAAUUUUCAAUGCUGAAAGAUAACCAAUGGGCGGCACAGUGGUGUAGUGGUUAGCACUGUUGCCUCACAACCAGAAGGUCCUGGGUUCGAAUUCCGGUCAGGGCAUUUCUUGUUUAAGGGGGGACAUGAGCUGCAUGGCGGAGGUCUGUGCUCUCCGAGUGCUUUUCUAGUUGUUUGAUUGUACAGCUUUUGUUUAAAACUCAGAGAAGUAAUGCUGCAUUUGAGUUACCUCGGAAGUCAGAUGUUGGAGCUGAAAAUGACAUCACAACCGAGUUCCUAGCGUUUCAGUUACCAAGUCGGAAAAAAACAAAAUCGGAGGCAGAAACAAGAUGUCUGCAUCUACCAAAGUUAUUUUAGCGCUUCCCUUGUCCGAAUAUAAGGCGAGCGUUAAAAUGACUUUCGUGCUUUUUUCCAACUUGGUAACUGAAAUGCUGAUAACUCGGUUGUGAUGUCAUUUUCAGCUCGGACUAGUGAGUCCCGAGGUAACUCGAACGCACCAUAAAAUAUCCAUAAAGAUUUUCACAUUUUCUCACUCUUCUCUCCGCAGGACGCAGAAACCGAGAGCAGAAGUGGACAGAUCAGACGUCACGCCUCGUUCUCCAGCAGGGACUCUGAAAAAACCGAACAACAAGCCGCAGUCAAGAGACACGCCUCCAGUAAGUUACAGCAGGCCUCUCCUGGUUAAAAUUGUGCUUAAAAGAAAGAAAAAGUCGGUAAAGGUAGGGCUGGGUGAUACGGCUUUAAAUCAGUAUCACGAUAUGUUGAUCAGUUCACCUCGAUAACGAUAAAUGGACGAUAACUACUCCACAAGCUGCUCACCCCCUCCCAAUUUAACUUCGUCUACUUUUGAACCGUCCUCCAUCUCCUCACCUGUCUUUCCCUUUUUGUUACGGACUGGAUGGGGUGGAGUCACGUCUCUGAUGUAGGACAGCGUCUUAAAGGGACAUGAGACCAUAGCCUACCUACACACAUCCAAAACCAACUUUUAUCUAUUUAUUUAUUUGACACCGAAUUUAGUGACAUGGGCAAAAUGACGUCGGUUAUCGUCGUAAAUUUCGGUAUCUGGAAAUUUUCAGUUUAUCACCCAGCCCUAGGUAAAGGUGUAUCACUCAGUACGUUUACAUGACACUGGAGAAAACCGAAUUAUUGCCUUACUCCCGAGACAACUGAAGUGCAUGUAAACAUCGUAGUCCAACAAUAAUCUGAGAAUUUGAGAACCAGAUGAUCCGAUUGGAAUCCAAUUUUCUCUACCAUGUAACCAGCGUAGUCGGAGUAUGAUUGGACAAUGCAUGUGUGCGUGCGCCACGCCUUAGUAACCCCGGAACAAAAACACCAGAGAAGAAAGUGGCGCUAUCAUUUAAAGAACUUUCGACUCUGAAGAAACUGCAACAUGGCUGAAACGCAAAGAAACGUCCACUUUUGGAACGAUGAGAAGGGUGACGUUAUGCUUUCCCUCCUGAGAGAAAUGGACAUUUUAAAGUAUAUGAACCGUCUCAUAUAUAGUGCAAACAGCAUCGCUGAAAAGACCCAUAUCGCCCCCUAGUUUUAGGGAGGAGAACACGUUCAUGUCAAUAAUUUGAUUUUCUCAGCUGCAUGUAUACACGGACGAAGAGAGAAGUCUGAUUCGGAAAAAAAAAAAAAAGAAUUAUGAACUCAGUCUGAUUAAACUGUGCAUGUAAACGCACUGACUGUUUGGCUCUUUCUUCUAUUAGAUGUGAACCAGUAUGGACGGUAUGGGAAGACGAGGGCAGAGGAAGACGCCAGGCGUUACCUGACGCAGAAAGAGGAGCUGGAGAAGCAAAAGGAAGACCUCCGAAAUGCACUGAUUACACUCCGCAGGGAGAAGAAGGAGGUGAAGGAGGAGAUGAAGGGAGCUACAGGUCAGAGACAGAUCACACACACACACACAUGUAAUCUGUUUGGAUCUGAAGCUGGCAGCAGCGCUCACCGUGUUUGUGUUCGUGUGUCUCUGUUUCAGGUCAUGUUUUGGAACAGAGGUUAGCCAAACUGGAGGCGCUGUGUAAACAGAAAGAGGAGGAGCGGGUGGAGCUGGAGCUCAGGCUGACGGAGGUCAAAGAAAAUCUGAUGAAGUCAUUGGCUAGAGGAGCUCUGGGUCCGCCCACUGACACCAAGAUCAGCGUCAAGGUGGAGGAAAUUCCUGAUUUGCAUGGAAGCUUCAAAAAACGUUUUCCACGCCUGAAAGAAACAAAUAUAUCUGUAAAUGUUUAAACAUGAUAAUGACACAGAAAAUGACCCUCAUAUCAGCGGUAAGCCACCGCUCUGUAUCACUUCACAUUUUGGUCAUGAUCAGUAAUUAGAAAAUUGAGUCACAAUUCUUAAUUUGAUCAGGAUGUGAACUAAAUCAUCAAAAACGUUACAGAUCCACAGACUGCAGCCUCCAGGUGUUCGCAGGCAGCAUGAAUGUGCACAAAGAUGAAACUAAAUCUGUCCACUUGUGUCUGGAGUUGGUGUGGAUUCACAGGGGGUUAUGUGCUAGAUUGGAUCUGACCUGUGGGCAAUGACCUCUUGGAGUCUCGUCUAGUUGCUUAGCAACCUCAUAAAUGAGUUUAGGAGGUAUCAGCUUCUAAACGAGAGAGGGUCCGGGGAAGUAAACAAGUGAAUUACCCAAGGGUAAUCUUUUAAUAUGGGUAAUCUGACAUUUGUGUGUGUGUGUGUGUGUGUGUGUGUGUGUGUGUGUGUGUGUGUGUGUGUGUGUGUGUGUGUGUGUGUGUGUGUGUGUGUACAGGCACAGGGCAGUAAGGUGGAAAAGGUCUACAAUGAGACUCUACCUGUUAACGCAGCAUCUGAGCUCCGAAAACGCCCCCCAUCUAUGUACGCCUCCUCCAAGGGGAAUGUCAUGCAGAAGGCAAAGGUAAGAUGUGUGCGUGUGUGUGCGUGUGUGCGUGUGUGUGCGUGUGUCUGUUGUGUAACACACUUUACCCCAGUCGCCUAAACCUCUAAGGUGAAAUAAAACGUGUGAAAGUCUUGAGAGAUUCUCUUCUGGGUUGAAAGAUUCAAAAUCAAAGGACUUGUGGAGUGUGUGGGCUUUAGUGUGUACCCUGUAAGUGUGUGUGUGAGUGUGUGUGUGUGAGGAGAGGAGAAGAUUUCCCUCACGCUGUGCUGUCUCAUGGUUUACAGGAGUGGGAGUCAAAGAAGGGGACCUAGAGUGAACCUAAACGGAUCAACAGUUUUAUCAAUGGAGGAAAAACUUGAGCUGUGGCAGGAGGACGUGUAAAAGAAGGAGCAGAUAUAGAUCAAGAUAACCGGCACUGAAGAGAGGAAGAGGAGGAGGAGGAGGGAGGAAGAGGAGAAAUGGGGAGGAAGGACAGAUUUUAUCACCAUCUUCCCUUCUCUCACCUGAAAAGAAACAGAGGAAUAUUGAAAGUACAGAGUGGACGGCGUGGUGCUGUGAGUUACACUGUAAAUACGACGGACUGGACUGAAGUACCGUCUCAGUAUUGACGUGGAUCACUCUGAACAUGAAGUCUUUGUGUUUGUGUGAGUUUGUAAGUGUGUUUACAUUUGCACGGUGCUGCAGGACGUUAAAAAAAAUGUGAUUAUUUUAUAGAAAUGUAAAAGCAAAGGGAGAGUGUGUUUCAUCAAUACUGUGAGUUCAACGUUACUACAGGCUUUAAAACCCGAGAACAAAAACUGAUCUCAUUUCCCUCAUCAUGAAAUAUUUUUCAAGUUUAAAUUAAAAACUGAAGACAAAUUACUAUAAUUAAAUUAUAUAUAUCAGAGAGAGUUAUCAUAUCUACGGAAGCGUAUUGCAUCCACUUACAAAAAAAACUUUUUGAGUUUUUUUUUUCCUUCUUUCUGUUUUUCAGACUGUUUUUUUUCUUCUGUUUUUUGUACUUAUACUUUUCCCCUCGCUCUGUUUUUCAGACAAAUUUUUAUUCAGUUUUUCAAACUAUUUUUUUUUCCGUCUUUCUGUUUUUUGUACUAUUUUUUUUCCCCCUAACUCAGGGAGAUACUUCAAAAAAACCUGUGAGAAUCUCAUACAUUAAACUAAAGAAUUGGGCCAUGUUUGCUUCCAAUAAAUCGAGCAGAGGGGGAUGAAAGUGUCUGUUUUUAAAUUAUCGUGAUCCCAGAGAAUAGGAAAAACAAUUAGUCUAAAAAAACAUACAAAAAAAAUAGUCUAAAAAACAGAAAAAUUUGUCUGAAAAACAGAAAAUGAAAAAAAAAAACAGUCUAAAAAGGGGGAAAAAAAUUCUGAAAGCAGAAGGAAAAAAGAUUACUCUGAAAAACAGAAGAAAAAAAUGUCUAGAAAACAGAAAAGAAAAAAAUUACUCUGAAAAACAGAAAAAUUAGUCUUAAAAACAGGGGAAAAAUAUUCCAAAAAACAGAAAAGAAAAAAAAGAUUACUCUAAAAACAGAGAAAAAUAAGUCUGAAAAACAAAAGAAAAAAAGCAGUCUGAAAAACAGAAAACGGAAAAAAAAAACAGUCUAAAAAACGGGGAAAAAACAUUACAAAAACAGAGAGAAAAAAGAUUACUCUGAAAAACAGAAAAGAAAAAAAUGUCUAGAAAACAGAAAAGAAAAAAAAUUACUCUUAAAGACAGAAAAAUUAGUUCUAAAAACAAAAAAAAAUAUUCUGAAAAACAGAGCUUUUUUUUCUCUUUCUUUCUUUUUUUUUUUUUUUGUGAAUGCAAUACGCUUCCGUACAUAUCAUACAAUUUGUAAGAUGUAUUUAAACUAGUAGGAAAAUGUAUAAUGACAUUAACGGGUCAAUGUUAGUCACCCUAAUGUGAAACUUGGUUUUAACUAUUUUAAGUGUAUUUGUUUUUUGCUAUUUUGCACUUUAACUUUUUGUAUUUUGUACCGAUAUAAAUGUCUCCAAAAUUAGCCAAAGCAGCCGUAUGAGCUGAAUCGAAUGAGGAUAUAAGCCUGUGUCUGCUCUCCCUGAUCUGUACAGAGAUAUAAACAAGCACACAUGUUGGAGCAAAAAACAAAAACAAA